AUGGAUAUUCUCCAGGUCAUCGCUCUGUUCUCUUUCUUGUUCACUGCUGUCGUGGCAUUCCCCCAGCAGACUGCCGCAGGUACAACAACCGCGACUCCGGCGACGAUCACCAAGGCUGCGUCGCUUAGCUGCUCGGACGGGCAGACCGCUGUCUACACGACAGAUUGUACGAUGGGAACUCCCAUGUCGUACUGCGCUAGACCGGAGCCCCCGAUCCAGUGCUCGGAGGGGUACUUCCCCUCGGUUUGGCACCCAGGUCAUUGCAUGGAGCAGUCGACCUGUUACCCACUUGAUGCGUCCUGGAUCACCACCGAGUGCUCGCAUGGGGCGAUUCCAUGGACAACCUCGACCUUGUAUGAGGGCACCUUGGCAGGAGGACAGUCGACUAUCAUCAGUGGUGAGUCCUUCUCCCUCUUCGUUCUCCCUGUUCAAUUCGCCCCUUGCUCUCUGCCUUACCAAAGUAUAGCCACCGUUUCCUGCUCCUGUGCCAAAGACCAGUGGUAUAGCAUGACUAUGCUCCCAGGAGCAUCAACUGUGGACACUUUCUGCAUGCCCUCAAGCUCCUGUCCAGCAGGUAUGACAACCUCAGUCUCAACCAAUACGUACUGCGCAACAGCGCCGGCAAGCGUUUGCUCAGAUAUUCCCCUGGAAACCAACUACUGCAAGUGCGAAUAUGCAGCGCAGACACCCGUAUAUCCCGACUCUGUUGGAGCGGCUCCAACUGGAUGUCAAGCUUAA